AUGGAACCGUCUUCUUCAAUUGCUUCGCGAAGGUCACAGAAACAGAAUCACGAGAAGUUCUUAUUCAAAGAAAUUUUGCCAGCAAUACGAGGGCACUCAUGUCCGAUAUGUUUAAAAGAUUUUGGCGAAGAAGAUUAUCGAAGAGUUGCGGUGAUUACAGUUUGCUUACACGCGUAUUGUUUGGAUUGCAUUCGCAAAUGGAGCGAUUUCAAGCGGAAGUGUCCUCUUUGCAAUUCGGAGUUCGAUUCAUGGUUUUGUAGAAUCAGUGUCUCCUCUCGAAAGUUCUUGACGGAGAAAUUACCGGUGGUAAAAGAGGGCAAAAUGGUCACUCUGCAAGCUGAUUUCAGUGCUAGAGAUAGGCAACGGUUGAUAGAGAGGUGUAGAGCUGAAUUAAAUAUUGCAAAUCGGAGAACUAGGCCAUUACCGUGGCGGCGAACAUUUGGGCAGCCUCGGCCAGGAUCAGUUGAUUCUCAAGCUAUUGCUCAAAGAAAGCUUCAGUGGCGUGCUAGCAUAUAUAACCGAAGAAUGCAUGCUGUUCCUAUAUCUUCGAGGAAUUGUCUCGAUCAGGUUUUCUCUUCCAAAUCUCCAUUGAUUGAGAAUGUAUCAAGAGAUGGUUGCAUGAAAGAAAGAAUACUGCAGAGGGUAGAACCAUGGAUUCAAAGGGAGCUACAGGCCAUCCUUGAGGAUCCAGAUCCAUCUGUUAUUGUUCAUCUUGCGUCCUCACUUUUUAUUGCAAGCCUUGAACGCAAGUCUAAUGUUCAGUUAGGACAACUUGGCACUGAAGACAACUUUCUUGAACCGUUGCUACCUUUCUUGCGUGGUUGGACCAACACGUUUUGGCAUGAACUAAGUCAGAUUAAGCGUGGAACAAGGACUUCCAUUUCUGUCUUGAGCCGCGUUGCACCUGGAGGAGCAAUGAAGCUAUGCUAG